CGGCGCAUGUAUCAGAACAGGCUAUGGAGAUCAUAGAGUAGGUAUGUGAUGAGCUAAGCCUGGUUUAGCGUGUUCCGGGGCCGUGCCUGCUCUCAAUGAACCUUCACUUCACCUUCCCACCUCUUCACUGCCACAACAACAACAACAACAACAACAACAACAGCGACAACACUUGUCACUCGCAGCUUCUUUUGAUCCUCUAGAUCUCAUCAAAUCCACACAUAUUACGUCUUUCAUAAAUCUCAAUUAACAUCACCUACCUCACAAUGGCUGUUCCAACCACCACUACCAAGACGGCGACACCAAAGACGGCAAGCGCCGCCGGCGUCAAGAAGACUGCUCCCAAGGGCGGUCGCGCGGGAAAGAAGAACAACGCCAGAAACGCCAUGGCCAAGAUGCAAGCAUACUUCAAGGCUCAUCGCGACGAGUACAAAGACUUGUCUUUCAAGGAACAACAGCAAGAGCUCGGCAAGAAGUGGAAAGCUUCUCCUGAAAACCCCAAGAACAGCGCUUGAACGGACAGUGAAUUGCUUUCUUUGAAAUGAAUAAGAGGGUUUCUUUUUUUCUCCAUCUGUUUUCUUUUAUUCAGGUCAUGUUUCGACAGUGUGUUAUUGCAAAUUUACCGGCAAAAGUCAAACUCCAGGUUGCUAAAGUGCAGCGAAAUACUGCACCCGAGGUUAUAGUAGCCAUCUGCUUCAACAAUAAUAUGG